AUGGAUACUCCAAUAGCAAGAGGUGAAACUUUAAGCCUUGAAAUGUGUCCAGAGACUGAAAAAGAAAAGGAAGACAUGUCUCGAGUUCCAUAUUCUAGUGUUGUCAGGAGCUUGAUGUACGCUAUGAUGUGUACUCGUCCGGACAUUUGUUAUGUCGUAGGUCUGGUUAGCAGGUAUCAGUUCAAUCCUGGAAGAGGUCAUUGGAAAGCUGUGAAGAGGAUCUUCCGAUACCUAAAGGGAACUGUUGAUUAUUCACUAUGUUAUAGUGGAAAUGAUUUACACUUGAGAGGAUACACAGAUGCUGAUUGGGGUGGUGACCGGAACGAUAGAAAACCGACAUCCGGUUUUGCUUUCUUACUUAAUGGUGGUGCUAUUUCAUGGAAAGGUAAGAAACAAACUUGCACGACUCUUUCAACUAUGGAAGUUGAGUUUGUGGCUUGUGCAUCUGCAGUACAAGAAGCUGUUUGGUUAAAAAGAUUCUUUGAGCAUUUGGACGUAGAAAAUAAUUCUCAAGGAUCAAUGAUUUUACAUUGUGAUAGUCAAGCGGCUAUUGCAUACACAAAGGAUCCUAAGUAUCACAGCAAAACCAAACACAUUGACAUCAAGUAUAACUUUGUAAGAGACACAGUAGCAAGUGGAGAAGUAACUUUACAAUACAUACCUACGCGAGAAAUGAUAGCUGAUCCUUUUACAAAGGCGAUAUCUGGAGACCUAUUUGAGAAACAUAUUAUGGCUCUAGGUUUGCGUAGGAUAUGA